AUGAGCCCACCGGUGAAACGCGACUCAGUGCAACACCAGCUACCAACAAUCGUACAGCAGAUCAAUAUCAAGGACAACAUGAUAUCUAACUGCCUUGAGCUUGCUCGCCAGUACGUCCAAUCGCCAAUCGGCAAAGCUACCAAUGACCACUGGAGGCGACUCUCUCCUUCUGAAAAGCAAGAUCUUCGCAUCUCAUCUUUGUCUGAGAUUGUGGUAUCGUUACAUCUUUUCCGCGAAGAACGCAAGUUGGAUACAUUGUGCCAGGAUUUUGCUGAUAAGGAACCUGGAAACCUCGCACCUGUAUUAGCACAGAUCGGUCAUUGGUUGCGUUGGGAAGCAUGGGACUGGAAACAAGGUUCUUUUUUCGACCUUGAUGGUGGCUCAGGCCAGGAUUGGACGUAUGACGAAACCAUUCUGAGCAGCAAAAUAAGACUGCAUGCGCAGCCAUGGGAUGUACCCCCUUCAAUCUUGGAAUGGCUCAGCACUGUCACGGGAUCCCGCCAUUAUGCUCCGUUUCCUACGCUAGCGAUGCUGAUACGAAAAUCCAAAGCGUCUCCGCACUCUUCCAUCAAUAUUGACGAAAUCAUCGCAGGGGUCACGCCCAGAACUGUAGCACUACACAGAUUCUUCAGAGAUAUUGACCCUGCCUCGAGUCCUAGGAAGGUAGUAGAGCUAAUCAAGGCCUGUCACAUCAGUCCUGAAAUGCUAGCGACACUGCCGGAAGCCGCAAAAGCACCACUCAUGGAAGCAAUCACGAGAUGUCAGGCGAAUCCACCUACGACAUGGUCGAGCUCACUACUCAGACUCGUACAACGUGAAGACUUGGAUCUUAGCCUUACUCCAAUUGCGGAAAUUGCCCAUGAUGCACAUCUGAAUACACCAGGCGGAGCGCUUCAUGCAACUGGUACAACCCGAGACGUUCACACUAUAUGUCAAGGCGCUGAUCGGAUGGAACCAAUUCAGUCGACAUCCGAAGUUGACAGGCAUUAUAUCACGCGACUCAUAUUUCGCGAGGAUCGACGGUUUAUGGAGGCGUACACACUGCUAGAACCGUUGCGACAGACUGUUGCGGAAUACAAAGCUGACAGCAGGCAAGACGAUGCAGCUAUGCUUGAGGGGCAGAAAGCGCUCAUGCAAUGGGUCAUGGUCCGCACAUUUUCCUUGCCUUUGGGUAGCUCAAUGAUCAAGUUUAGCAGCAAGAAGCCUUUGUUGACGGAGAAGUACCCGCUAUACGGCUUCUCCACAUCAUGUCUCAUGAAGCCAAUGGGCAAUGUUGUUACAGCCGAACGACAGAAUUACUCCGAGGAGAAGUACUUCUGGGCUUUCUUCAAUGCCGGUGCUGCAGCUGGUCUCAGUAUAUCGCGCGACGCUCAGGGCAUCGAUACUUCAUGGAUCAUGUACAACAAACCUGCGGAGCUGACAAACAAGCAUGCCGGACUUUUACUUGGACUAGGCCUGAAUGGCCAUCUGAGGACGAUCGCGAAAUGGCUGUCGUUUAAAUACCUCACUCCGAAGCACACCAUGACUUCGGUAGGCUUGCUACUAGGCUUGGCCGCUUCGUUCAUGGGCACCAUGGACACACUCGUCACAAGACUACUAUCGGUGCAUGUCACAAGAAUGUUGCCGCAAGGGGCAGCCGAGUUGAACCUCUCUCCUUACACACAGACUACAGGCCUGAUGGGUAUUGGCCUACUUUACUACAAUACCCAGCACCGUCGUAUGAGCGAGGUUAUGCUAUCGGAAAUUGAGUAUGUCGAGAUCCCAGAUCCAUCAGAGCCACCAGAUAGCCUGCGGGAUGAAGCCUACAGGCUGGCUGCGGGCUUUGCGCUCGGCUUCAUCAAUUUGGGCAAGGGUAAAGACCUUCGAGGCCUCCACGAUAUGCGCAUCGUUGAGCGCCUCAUGACCGUUGCUGUAGCACCUAAACCCGUCAACGUCGUCCACAUUCUCGACCAAGCUACAGCUGGAGCAGUUAUCGCCAUUGCCCUCAUCUUUAUGAAGACUCACGACCAAACCGUGGCGCGCAAGAUUGAUAUCCCAGACACGCUUCCCCAGUUCGACUAUGUUCGCCCAGACAUCUUUCUCCUUCGCACCCUCGCCAAACACCUCAUCAUGUGGGACGACAUCGAGCCCUCAGAUUCUUGGAUCAUCAAGAACCUACCGUACGAUUACCGUGAAGCCUGGGACCUCAAAGGCAUCACACGACUCCGCAGCGAGCAGAUGCCCUUUUACAACAUUCUCGCAGGUCUGCUGUGGGCUGUAAGUCUCAGGCAUGCUGGCACAGGAGAUACCCAAGUCCGAGACUUCCUGAUUAAGUAUCUGGAUCAACUAAUACGUAUCAAUAAACUUCCCGCUGUGCGCUACGACUCCAAGCUAUCCAAGAACACAGUUCGCAACUGUCAAGAUCUCAUUGCACUAGCAGCCGCUACCGUUAUGGCAGGAACCGGCGACCUCGAUGUCUUCCGUCGUCUGCGCGGUCUCCAUGGCCGUAUCGGUCCUGAUAUCCCCUAUGGCUCUCACCUCGCUGCUCAUAUGGCGUUUGGUACCCUGUUCAUCGCGGGCGGUACGCAAACCUUUAGUCGAAGCAACAAGGCCGUUGCUAGUCUGAUAUGCGCUUUCUACCCUUUAUUCCCCUCCGACGUGCAAGAUUCGAGAGCGCAUCUACAAGCUUUCCGCCACUUUUGGGUACUAGCCGCUGAGCCGAGAUGUCUGGUGGUGCGAGACGUAGAUACCGGGCGUGCGAUUUCCAUGCCCAUCACUGUUCUCUUCAAGAACACCCAAGAAGGCAACGAGCGGACGCAUACAAAGACACUAAUGGCGCCCUGUCUCCUUCCCGAGAUCCACCUGAUCAGUCGUCUCGAAACAGCGGAUCAGACAUACUGGCCCACAACCCUAGACUUCGUACGUAACCCACUUCAUCUCAAGUCUUUUGAGCGUAACCAGACUCUGAAUGUGCGUCGUCGCUCUGCUCAUGAUACCUACGCCACAUCCUUCAGCGCUACCCUUGUUGCUCUCAACGACGCCCAAUCGUCGAAGACUGCAAACCUCCUCUUCCACUGGAUCUUCACGCUUCCUGCACUAUCGCAAUUCAUCUCUACCAGCGACGCGGGACUCAUCUUGCCGCUCGAUCAGUAUAGCAAGAGCUGGCUGGAUCCUGGGGCUACAGUCGUGGAAUCAAGGUUAGUGCUAGGGAGGUUGGCGAAGAGCUGGAAGGUCGAGGAAUUGAGGGAGUUGAAGGGCGUGUUUGAAUGGGCGGAUGCAGCCAGCCGGCAGAACGGGCAAUUGAGGUGGUUAGGGAAAGAGGUUGUGGAGAGGAUCAAAGCGGGGGUCAUGGAUAGAGGAAGGGGAAUGGGCGGGUAG